AUGGUUAUUGCUGGUCCACCUCAGCUGGCUCGCCCCCCUCUCCUAUCUGGACAGCCUUUUAUCAUCUUCUGGGGCAUCCCUGACUCUUCCUGCUCCGGUCGACCUGAUGUCAGAACUUUUGGGAUAGAACGGGAGGGCCGAGUGGCUGUGUUUUAUGAAGACACGCUUGGAAACUAUCCGUAUUUUGCAGAUAAAGACACACCCAUCAACGGGGGGCUGCCACAGAACACACGGCUAGACAACCACAUCCAAAAGACCCAGCAGGACUUGGAAACAGCUUUACCUGCCCCAAGGUACCUUGGGUUAGGGGUGCUGCGCUGGGCUGAUUGGAUCCCACAGUGGUCGAGGAACAGAGAGAAGCAGGCUAUGUAUCUGGAGGCAUCGAGGAAACUUUUGAAGGCUUUCUUUCCUAACUGGACGCCGGAGGAGGUGGAGAAGUGGUCAAAGGUGGACUUUGAGGCAGCAGCCCAGUCAGUAAUGAUGGAAACUCUCAGGGAGGUCAGACGAUUAAGGCCCAAAGCAUUAUGGGGCGUCUCCCCUUACCCCAGCUGCUACAACGGCGAACCUGCCCAAACCAUGCUAGCCAAUUACACUGGCCAGUGCCCUGCUGCAGAGAAGGCCCUUAACAAUGAGCUUCUGUGGCUAUGGAAACGAUGCUCCGCUCUCUUCCCUCUCCUCACCCUGGAGAAGAUGCAGGGUGGGACCCCUGGAGGCAGGCUGUAUUUGUCCAGUCAAAUUAAAGAAGCAAUACGAGUGUCAUCUCUAAGUCGGACAGCCUUUGAUCUCCCUGUAUUCCCACUGGUCAAAAGUGUGUACGCCUCAACCAACACUUUCCUGUCACAGGCAGACCUAGUGAGCACCAUAGGCGAGAGUGCUGCCAUGGGAACAGCAGGAGUUGUCAUCUGGGAGAGAAGUGAGACAAAGACAGAGAGAGAGUGUCAGGAACUGGCAGAGUUUGUCCGUACGGUCCUGGGACCCUACACCCUGAAUGUAACCACGGCAGCAGCACUCUGCUCCGCCUCUCUCUGUCAGGGGAAGGGCCGAUGUGUACGUCAAGAUCCAGGAAGCUCUGCGUUCCUCCACCUCCCACCCCCGUUGGAAGUGGUGGAGAAGGUGACGGAAAAGGCUGAAGCAGCAAAAGCCACAGAUCAGCCUGACACAGACACCAAACCAGCGGACCCAGACCCAGCUGAGCUCUGGAAGAAAGACUUCCAGUGCCAAUGGUACAAGACACCGGACAGGGAAGUGUCAGAUCUGCAAUCACCCAAAGAUGGAGUGUCUGGUGGGGUCAAGGUACUUCCCUCACCUUGA